AUGGAGAUCGAUUUGAAGGGAGGCAUAAGGGGUUUACCCCGCAUUUCUUCAUAUUUCUUGGUUGAGAAAGCUGAUGCUGACCUUCAUUGUGUUGAUUGGAAUCCACACAAUGUUAAUUUUAUUCUUACAGGAUCGGAUGAUUAUACCAUAAGCAUGUUUGACCGUCGAAAUCUUAAGUCUGGAGGGGUUGGAUCACCUGUUCAUGUAUUUGAGGGUCAUGAUGCUGUUGUUCUCUGUGUACAGUGGUCUCCAGACAAGUCAUUUGUUUUUGGCAGUUCAGCAGAAGACGGUAUUUUGAACUUGUGGGAUAUUGAAAAGAUUGGUAAGAAGCAGGAAACCAGUGGAUCAAGAUAUUCAAGUUAUCCACAAGGCUUGUUGUUCAAACAUGCAGGGCACAGAGACAAAGUUGUUGAUUUUCACUGGAACUCCUGCGACCUUUGGACAAUCGUCAGUGUGUCAGAUGAUGAAGAAAGUACAGGUGGUGGUGGUACUCUCUAUUUACCAUAUUCAACAAUUACUCACAAUUUGCCAUGCUUUACUUUCUUUCAGCUAGUAAUAAUAAUUAAUGAUGCCUAUUCUGAUAUUAUCCUUUGUCCACGCCAUCUACUACUGUCAGUGUAA